GGAGCCUCCCAGUGGGAUGCCCUGGCCCCCAACUCCUAGCCUGCCUCUUCUCAGCCACGUGACCUGCAACAACAGAGUCACCCUCUCUGAGCCUUAGUUUCCUCAUCUGUAAAAUGGGAGUAAGAAAGUUGUGCCUCACAGGGCUGUUGUGAAGAUAAAAGAUAUAAAAUGCUUGAAAGUGCCUAGCACACAGCAAUUUGGGGAUGUUUAUGAAUGUUGAUAAAUGCCAACUUUUUGCUGCAUAACCACUGCAGAGGUAUUUUUGACUCUCCAAGGGAUCUCUGUCUGCUGUGAGUGAAGUGCUGCAGAUCCCAUGGCUGGGCGGGACUGAGACACCCAGGGCCCAGGCCAGCUGCUAACUGGGCUUGUAUGACAGAGGAAUUCCUGGGUGCAGAGCACCCCUUUGCCACCCAGAAAUGUUUUUCUGGAGCCAGUGAGCUCUCCGUAGCCCUGAGCUGCUGGCUUAUCAUACUUGGAGUGGGUGGGUGAGAGCUGAACUCUCAAUAGCCCCAGUCGCACCCCUGCCCGGGAGGCCUCUUUCUGGCCAUCGGGCAGCGAGGCCCCAGCCCCUCAGCCUGUCCUGUGCAGCCUGGCUCCCACCGACCCCUCAAGUCAGGCGGGCUCCUCACAGGAGCAACUACCUGCAGGUGGGAGCCGAGGCGAGCCCACCCCGCAGAAAUACUUUUCCGUAGCAUCACGCUGAAGGCCCAGCUGUGUUUCCUCCUAAGGACUGUAAGCACUUAGUAAAUAUUUGUCAGAUGGAUUGAUGAACCGAAGACCUUUAGAGAGGAAACCUGGAAUAUGCCGUUGGAGUCUCAAGUGCUUGUUGCUACCAACAAACCCUUGUGAAAAUGUGUCUUUGGUGACCCUGCCUUGCACCAUUUUCAAGGCCCCUGCCGUACAUGCGGAGCCUCAUGCAGCUUUGAGACGCCUGUUAACACACACACUCCCGCUAGUAGAGCUGGUCAGCCCCUCGGAGCACUCAUUUUAAAGUUACCAUUUAAAGAUGAGGAGGAGGAGAGAGUUCUUGAGUGCAAAUGUUUUUUACACUCUCAUACUGUGUGUUCAGCAGACCUGUGUCUCCCACACCCUUCUGCUGUGUGCGCUACCAUUUUCUCAGACUUCAGGAAAAAGAAACACUGGCACUGUCAGCUGAAAGGUCUGGUGAUGCACAUACUGUCGUGGCCACAGGGAGCUGUUUAUCGGGGCGUGAACCCCUGAAUCACGAUUUCACCUCUGAACUUUGUUCCUGAAGCAGCCUCCUCAGGAAAUAAGAACAGAGCUCAAGAACACGCCAUGGUGGCCUCACCCGGCAGCCCUUCCGUGGUGCUGAAGAGAGGCGCCGCGCCGUGUGGGGGACGCACGGGACGCGCACCCCAACCCCACGGAGCGCCCAUUUGAAAAAUAAACUUUCACCCAUAAAGACAAGUUUUAAAAGUGAUUAUAAAUGGAUUGAAAAGUGAGAACAUUAAACUCAGUGAACAGGAGCUUAAUUAAGAUUGGCUCCCAUGACCAGACUGCCCAGUGGCAAAGCAGCCAGACAGACAAAAUCAGCGUAUUUAGACACAGUGGAGUAAUCCCCUGCGGCCGUUAAAAUGAAAAGAUGUUGAUUUUUAAAAAAUAUAUGAAAUAUUCAUUUUAAAUAAUGGUAAACCCAAAGCUAGCUAUUUGCAGCCAUUUUAAAAUGCAAAUGUGCCCCCAACAAAGGUCAGAAGAGGUUUUCAGGUCCCAUGAAGUUGACUAAAUCCCUAAUUUUAAAGAACAGACUUGCACAGCAGUCGUGUGCCAUUUGCGAGUGUCCGCUGCAAGGACUUGUCUCAGAGGGUCCCUGUCACGCGGAUAAGCUCACUAGAAGGACUCCCAGGGCUCCCGGGAUGGGGCAGAGUUGGAGACGGGGUGGGGGUCCUGGCUGGAAGCGAAGCACUGUCUCACUCUUCCGGAAGCUGGCUCUUCUCUGAGGACCGUCUGCUCUGGGCGACCUGAGACUCUCCCCCUCCGCCAGCAGGUGACUCUGAGAGGGGAUCAGGAAGAGUAUCACACAGGGGAGGACAGCUGCAUUUCUCAUUUGGAAAUUGCUCAAGAAAAAUCACACAAUUUUCUUGCUGGAAUUGUCCUGUUUCUUUUAUCUACAUGAAACCUCUGAAGAGUCUUCUUAGUGAUUCUUUUGUUCUUUCCCUGCCCUGGUAACUGGCACAGGACAGGGUGAUGUCUUCUGACCAGCAAGGACCCAGUGGUGACAUCAGUGCCUGGUCACUGCUGUCGUGCCCAAGGUGAUGUGUCCCGGCUGACAGCAGGGACAGGCUGCUGACGACACUGUCCUUGUUUCUAAUGCUGGCAGUAACCAACAGAGUUUAGUUUUGCUUUGACAACUCCUCCUAUAGCCAAAACUAUUGUUAUGGCCCACAUGUCAUUCCUGUUGACCCUAACCAGGGAAAACAAAGGCUAUUCUGGGCACAGGACAGAGCUGUGGCUGGGCCAUUUGCAGCGUUGCCAUGGCACGCCGCCCCUGCCACCGGCCACCCCGUGAGCUUUUUUGAAAACCACAACAGACACGCAGCCUGCCCUGACUUUGCUUCACACAGCCUGGGGGCCUCCAAAUACACAGGAGAUGUUUACACAUGUAAGAGGCAAACCGUGUAGACCUUGGAGGAAAAGAGGCUGUGCUCGCACAAAGUGAAGCAGGAGAAAGCGCCCUCCCGAGAUGUCCCUGCUGCCAUGUUUGAAUUGCCUUUUCUCCAUACCUGGAAUCCUUUUUCCUAAUUUCUGAACCUUAUAAUCUACACUACCCAGGACGCUGGAGCGUCCUUUGAAGUCUUCCCUGUGAUGUAUUUGUGCCGCACGUUGAGAAAUGAGAGAGAGGAGGAAGCGGGAGAGCAGAGCAGGGCAGACAGAGCCCAGGGAGAGGCAAGCGCGGCGCUUCCUGCCGCGGCUGUGGCCUCGCGGCUUGCCAGAGCAGAGCUCAGCUGCAGGAACUGUGCAGGCUGCUCCCAUCAGUUAGAGACUUUGGGGCGAGGGGCACCCAGAGAGGCAGCGCAGUCUGGCUCCUGGCGCAAGGACGCUGUGGGUGGCCUGCAGCCGGACCCGCCGCGGAGAAGCACGUGAAACUAGUGUGAGCGUCCGAGUCGCGUGCCGCCUGGGUAAGCACUCUCUCCAUUUCUUCAACUCUGAAAGCUCCCGGCAGAGAUCCAGGGAAGAAAUAUUGUGUUGAGAUUUGCGGAUUUCCCCUUUCUGCCUUCUGGGUUGAUGCUUGCCUGUUAGAAAGAUUAUUGCACAUAAUAGGACAAGGUGAGCCGUCUAGCUGUGUUCUGCUCGCCUGUGUGUGUGGCAAGUCUGGUGUGAGGCAAGCCUGAGCAAUGCAGACUAAUCCUGGACGUGUGUCGCUGUGAACAACACAACACCGCGUGUUCAGCUCGUCUCGGGAUCAGGGACCCUGGACUUGUCUGCUUGGUGACACCGCUGGCUUCCUGCCACAGAGCUCCUGAUUGCUAUGGAUGGCAGUUGAUAAUUGGUAGCCACAGUCUGCGGUCAGAGCCACAGCGUUUGAGUCUAGCACCUGGGCUGGGCUCCGCUGGUACUGUAGGGAGAGAGAGAGAGACAGACAGAAACACACACACACCCACUCUCACACCCUCCCACACCCCAUGCUGGCUGUAGCUGCAGCGCUGAGCUGCCUGGAGAGGAGACUGCCUGAGGCUGAAGGAUGCUUUGAAUUGGGGGGGCUGCGUCACGGUUGGACUCCCACUUGCAGAGGACUCGAUUAUGUCCAGGGACCACCUGAACAACAGCACACUGAAGGAGGCUCGGUUUAAAGACCUGUUCUUAAGAAAAGCGGAGCUGGAGUUUGCCCAGAUCAUCAUCAUCGUCGUGGUGGUCACGGUGAUGGUUGUGGUCAUCGUCUGCCUGCUGAAUCACUACAAGGUCUCCACGAGGUCCUUCAUCCACCGCCCAGGCCAGAGCAGGAGGCAGGAGGACGGGCUGCAGCAGGAAGGGUGUCUGUGGCCUUCAGACAGCUCCGUGCCACGGCCAGGGACCUCAGAGAUCAUGUAUGCCCCGAGGUCCAGGGACAGGUUCACCGCCCCGUCCUUUAUCCAGAGGGACCGGUUCAGCCGCUUCCAGCCCACCUACCCCUACGUGCAGCACGAGAUCGACCUUCCUCCCACCAUCUCCCUGUCUGACGGCGAGGAGCCACCUCCUUACCAGGGGCCCUGCACGCUGCAGCUCCGAGACCCUGAACAGCAGAUGGAACUCAACCGGGAGUCUGUGAGGGCCCCGCCCAACCGAACCAUAUUCGACAGCGAUUUGAUAGACGUUUCCAUGUACAGCGGGGGCCCGUGCCCGCCGAGCAGCAACUCGGGCAUCAGCGCAACCACCUGCAGCAGUAACGGGCGGAUGGAGGGGCCACCCCCCACGUACAGCGAGGUGAUGGGCCACCACCUGGGCACCUCUUUCCUGCACCACCAGCGCGGCAACACACACAGGGGCAGCAGACUGCAGCUGCAGCAGAGCGAUUCAGAGAGCACAAUCGUACCCCUCAAAGGCAAAGACAGGAAGCCCGGGAACCUGGUCUGACCCCCUCUGACAUGCACUUGAAUUGAGGAGAGAGAAACCAUGGGGGGAAGAGGCCCGGCGGCCCCUCCUGCGCAGUGGCGUUCAGUCUUGCGUGGCGCAGCUAAGUAAAACAAAUGAGCAAACGCAGUCUUUGUUUCUGAUUCCUUUAGGGGAAUUGCAUGCAAACAAGACUGAAAAGAUACAAACUUCCAUCUGGUCUGACCAUGAACAGUGUUUAUUUGGGGACAGAGGUUGGGAUGGGGGAGUGGGCAGGGGAAACAGAAAGGGAUGUUUGAAGAUAUCAUGAAAUAAAACCCACAGAGGUAUUUGAUUUAUUUAAUUCUGAAAGGAGACUUUGCAGAUAAAUGAGGCCAGAAUGGCCUAUUUUAUAAUUAACUGAAUAAAGAAGGAAGCAUUAUUCUAUAUUAUCAUGGGGAAGAAUGAGCCAGUUUGCUUUUUCUCCCAAGGUGUGGAACUUUUAUUUUGUUUUAAAAAUAUAAAUCAAAAUUCCUGUUUUGUGUGCCAAGGUAAAAAGUGGAGAAGUUAGAUGAAUGCAAGGAGCUAAUUUGUGUUGUGAUGAUGUGUUUUAAAAGUUGCACUAUCUUAAUGUUUAAAAUAUAUAUGAGGGAGCUGUUUUCCGUGAAGUUCUGUAUGUCUUUUCACCUGUGGAUUAUUAUUAGGCCCAAGGAACAUCCUGGAGUAUACCCCGGAAUCAUACAAGAAAGAUAAUCGGGGGUGCAUCCUAAUACUUACCAACUUACAUAAAUCGAAAAAGUCAUUGUUGCAGAAAUUUGCAUCCAAUAGCAAUGCAUUGCUGAAGCAUUUGGAGACUUUUGGAUGGAAGAUAGGAAAUACUAAUAAGUUCCAGCAUUUCUGACUUGUUAUUGAGUUACUCUGCUAGUCAAAGGCUGCAUAUUUUAUUAAAAAUGAGCCUGACACGUUUAUGUGUCCAGUAUCAUGCAGCGCUGCCCUCAUCCCCUGGCAGUGCAGUUUCUUCAGUAAUUUAGAUUUUUUUUUCACUGUAGUAUGAAGUUUAUUCAGAUACAUACCUUACUUUAUGCAAUAAAUUGUUUAAAAUGCAAGGUGGUUAUUCUGUAUCCUGUCGAACUGUGUGACUCCUCAGCAUACCGCUGCCUCUCCCCUUCCCGAGACAGCCCAGUGGAGGCGCCCAGCAUGCGCCCCACACAGCCCGCCUGCUGUGGCAUGUGUGAGGGUUGCUCAGGAAGCCUCUGGAAUGCACAGCAGAAGGCCGUGUUGCUGGUCGGAAUAAGCCACUGCGCGCCACUAGUGUUAGCAUGGCAGUCUUAGAGGAACGCAGUACUCCAAAUGCCCCAAACUCCUGGCAGGAUUGCACCCCGCCCGCCCCCAGGUCAGCCUUUGUGUGGGUGGGGGGAGCAGGAGGUCAGUGAGAGAAGAGCGGAGGGUGGAGAGACUUAAGAGCACAGGAUAAGAAGCACAACACGCAGUUGAAAUGCAACUAGAAAACUUAUUUUAAAUAUUGUUAGUCUUAGUUUUAAUAGUCCUGAUAUUUACAAACAUUCAUUCUUACAACUUAAAAAAAAGAACAACUUUCUUCUGCAGAUGCAAGCACUGGCUUUUGCAACAGCAGCAGCCAACAGUUUAGCAAACACUGUGCCGCAGAGACGGUUUCUCUGCAGCACGGUCUCCAUUCGGGGGUGGCCUCUUUGGCCUCUGCCAAUUAGAGGAAUAGGAAUAGUGGUUCAGUGACUCUGAUCUAUGCAGCUUUAACGCCAAAUCAGCGUAUGUGUGUCAUGUCUGUCUGUGGGUCUUGGAGGUGAUUCCUCAGUGAGGUAGGUGGCUUUGCGCUGUUGCUGGGAGCUGGAGGGGCUGUCCCCGGCCCCAAGUCCUGUCUGUUCCCUCCUGCUUCGUGCCGUGGUAGUAGGUCGCUGGUUUGCUUUGAGGACUGCAAUCUCCAUUAGAUCCAUCCAUUUCACACAGUAACAUCCACAGAACUAGUCAAACUCUUAAAAGGAGAGAAAUAAAAGCUGGGCCACAGUUGUCAGCUCAUGCCCGAGACCCUGCGUGGAAGGAUUUGCAGCCGAGGUCCACAGUGGGACCUCUGAGACUGGGUUCAGUCCUGUGGCAGUGACACCUGCGAGGCCGCUGUCAGGAGAAGCCAGCUCUCAGGGCAGAGACCGACUAGGGGCAGAGAGACCUCUCCCACCCCUGGAGGCUUCCUGCAGGGUGCUGGCCAGGACUUGGAGCCUGUGCUUGAAAGCAGCAGGGGGGUCCUGUGACACAGCCAGUCCCCGUGGGUAGGCAGAGACGAGGAGACCCUCGUACCAGUCAGGCCUCGCUGGGGGACUCAGGCGGAUUCUUGGUCAGGUGUCCUGUCACACGCAAAGUCGAUUUCAUCAUUCCAAACUUGCCCAUAGUUUUGGCCAAGCAGGGGAGCCACCCAUAGCUCUAGCUCAGAAUGCGUUCAGGCCUCGCUCUUCCACCUGCUCCAAGAAGGAGCUCAGAUCAGAGACUUGCAAGUUCCUUCCUUUGCAAGUACAUGCAUGUUCGCAGGUGUCCACAGUAUUGGCAAGACAAUUAUUUCGUGCAGAUAUAUAAUCGUCUUUCAAAACAGAGGUUCCUCCCAUUCAACCACCCUAGAGAAUUGCCUUUUAAGUCAGUUAUUUAAAAACAUACAUAGCAAACCAUGACUUGGAAAGGUCUUUGAGGCUGGGCCUCUGCAAUGAAUUACUUUAAAAGCCAAGGUCAUAAAUUGAAUUAAUAGUCAAUUUUCCUUUGACACAGGGAAAAGGUGAUGUAGAUCAGCAACUCCUUUGAAGGCUGCGGCUGCCCUGUCCGUGCCAUGUGGCCUCAUGGCUGGCCGGGUGCUGAGAGAGUAGUGGUUGUGAGGAUGCUGCUUUCACAGCGGAGCCUGUUGUUCUUCCAAGAACCUUUAAGCUUAUGGAACCUGAGGGUCCAGUGUAGAAACCAGUGGGUUAGGCAAUCAACGAUAGGUUUAUAAUCCUAGGUUCCAGUGUUGCAAUAAAGGAUUGCAUUGUUGGAAAGAACAGUGGGUGGGAACUAAGUCUCCUGGGCAUACCUCUGACUUUUGUCCCUUGUCCCAGGGACUUCCAGGAGUAGGAAACCCAAGGCAUCUUGAAUCCCAUCUAUAAGAACAGUCUUCUAGCAUACACUUGCUUUUUUAGAAACACUAGCGUUCUUUACACUGACACAAUCCUUAAUGGAAAAGAGAUCUUGUGAAACAAAUAUGCAUUUUUAUAGUUGAUCUAUUUUUUGUGUACAAAAUUGACAGAUAAAGCAGCUUGACCAGCACGCCCCCACCACAUAACACACGACACACACACAAUCCCUAAGAAAUUUCAAGGUAGCGGAGGAGAAUCUUUAAAACUUAACACAGCUUUACCAUGAGGGUGCACUUCUAGUCAUUAAUUUUGGCUCAAACUUAGGAGAGAGGAAACAGAGGCCAGCAGCGAACUGGGGGCCUCCUGGCACCAGCACAGGAAGCGGGAUCACAGAUGAGUCUUCUACGUUUCUCCAUCUGAUCUCCUUUACCUUUAUUUUAUCUUCAUAAGAAUGAAAAGGGCUCAAAAGGAAGCCCUUGUAGAAAGCCCCUCCAUUCUAGAAGAUUCCAUCCCAACCCUGCCUUCCUGUCCGAACCCGCGUCCCCCCUCUGACAGGGUGAUCCUCUAGCUUCCACCAUCUGCUCGUCUAUUUAGGAGGACUCCCAGCCAGAGCCCCUCAGACGUGUCCUCAGCCAGAUGCUGGCUGCCAGCACUGAGAUCCGCACCCCCGCCUCCCGGCACAGGAGCACCGUCCUGGUGCUGGCGCGUCCCUCGCUGUUCUGGCCUUGCGGGCUCCUGGGCUUUCUGCUGAGGCACGAGGGCGGCGCUGGUGCUUGCCUAUUGAAUUUUGCUACUUAGUGACAUUAUUAACUCUGUUUGUAUUCUCAAAAUUCCCAAAGCUCAGCAGUGUAUGAAGGAAAAAGCCGACAGCAUGCUUGCUUUCUGUUGCUUUGGGUUUUUCUUGCCCUGGUGACAGAAGCCAGGGUUCUGGCCAAGACUUCAUGCCGUGAGUGUGCACUGGGGCCUGCUCUGCCCUGCCCACCAACCUUUGCUUAGGAGCAUGAGCCCAGCUCCCACCCCCACUGCCCGGGAGCACCAUGUUCUUGGCAUAGGGACACAUGCAGAAGAACACUUUUGGAUGACAAGUUGGCAAGGGGAGACCCUCCUCUUCUCACUGUGAGGAACACUUUAUCUAAUGGUAACACACCAAAGUCACAAACCAAGAAACUCUUCCUUCAUCCCACAUCACAAAUGAAAGUUCUCAGUGGCUUCAUGGCUUCCCCACCUGUUACCAGCUCCACUGGGCCCCGCUGCCAGCGCCUGUCCAGAGACCACAGAGAUGUGCGCGAAUAAGGGAAAGCGCUCUUAGCCUUGCAAUAGCCUACACUUUCUAGGAAUCAAGAUUUCAGCAUACUUUCAUACCCAACACACUGUGUCCUUUGCAUAGUUCACAUUUAUGUUGUCGCCAGGGUUAGACAGUCGCUGCUGCUGCCCGAGUUGGGUGCGUUAGGAAGCUGUUGUCUGUGAGUGUAGGGAUGUCUUGCUAAGACAGCAGUGUCUUCUUUCGUCUUUUUUCUUUUCUUCCCUCAGUGUGUGCUUGUUUUGUGUAAUGCGGGAGAGGGUUAGAGCUAUACAGAGAUUCUAUAUACACUAUCCAUGCAUAUUUUAUAUAUAUAUAUAUAUAUAUAUAUAUAUAUAUAUAUAUAUAUAUGUAUAUCCCUAUUAUUUCAAAGAGCUCUGCAUGUCAGUUCUGGUUUCUGCAGACAGAGGACCCAAGCCACCCCCUUGCACUUGGUCAAUGCCCACCUUUGUUGUGCCUCACUUAAAAUGGUGCUUUUUCAGUUGUCUGUCUUUUCUUAUGUUUUUAUUUGUAAGGUGCUGUAUAUAAGUCGAAUAUUAUUAUGCACAUAUCCUACCCAAUGGGUAGAACAAAAAAUUGUUAAUACUGUAAUAUAAUGUAUAGAUGAUACCAAUUUUAACAGAAUGGCAUAGAAUUUGUGAAUGCCUAUGUGCUUCGUCCUUUUUUGUAAGGAAAUUUGCAAAUGGAUGCAUACAGAUAAAAGUCUAUGUAGUUUAUUUUCCUAUUAAAUAUCAAUAUUAUAACACAAGGGAAAGAAGUCUGAACAAACAAGCAACAGAUUAUGACCAGCGUAUAUAUAGCAAUUGAAAGUUGCAUAUUUGCUGUGAAACAGUUAAAAAAAAUUUUUUUUAAAUCCCACAGCUUUUUGGUUGCCACCAGAUGCUUCUCAUUUUAAUCACUUUAGUAAUGCUCAGUUUUUAGUUAUAUUUCAGUAAUAAAAAAUGUUGAUUUUCCACUUGCUUUAGGAAUAGACGCUAUAUCCUGCUGCAGUGGAAUCCAGGCGAGGCCUCAGUGGACAAUGCACACUUUGCGGCUGCUAAUGUUACAGAGACCCUGUCACAGAUCGGCCUGCAGCAGGCAACUUUGUUCAUCUAGAGGCAUUUAUGACUGUCUGUGUCCCAAGUCGCUCUGUGCCUUUUUCUUUUACAAACUGAAGCUGUGGAGCCAAUGAACUAGCAGUAGAGACUGUAGGGAAAGAAAACCUCAGGAAAAAUAGAUCCUAUUCAGAGAAGACCCUGUUUUUAGAAAAAAAGGUUUUGUUAUGGGUUAUCAUUGGAAGAGAGUUGGCUGCCAUGUGAAGAAUCCAUAUCCAUUCCUGUUGGUGUCCUAUCCUAAACUCAACGCAAAAAACAAACCAGGUUUUGCCAUCAGUUAGAGAUGACGUUUUCAGUUGUAUGUCAAGUUACACCUCUCUUCCAGCUUGGCUUUUAGUGUCUGAUUGUGACCUCUGCAUUUAUGUUAAAAUAUUCUAAUUUUUUUAAAAAGAGAAAAAGGCCUGUAACGUGUGUUCAUGAAAACCACUGUUGGAUCUUGGGUGUGGGGAAGCUUUCCAGUGUCCUCCGUAAAGGCCAGCCAUGGUAUUCUGCCCAUCUGAUCCAUAGUAUCUUUAUUCUGCCACCAGAGGAUAUCAAUUCUAAUUAAUUCCAAGUUUUAUAUUUGGUCUGUGGUACAUUUUGAAGAUCAUGGUAGAAUCAUACCCCUAACAUCCAGAAUGCAAGUUAUUACCAAUUAUUCUUAAACUGAAAACAUCUCUAUAAUGCUGAAUGGAUUAGAAGUCAGCCCUUCUUUUAGUAUGUGUUUGAAAGGGCCACGGAAAGACGAUGGUCUCGUGUGCUCCGGAUGCCAUGUGUCUAGACCUGUGUCGGCUCCACCUUACAAGGCGGUGCACGCCGGGAAUCAGCAUUAGGAACUGAGGCUCAUUUGUAUCAGACAAAGCUCCCACCCCCAGGGUCAAACUCUUGGGAGAACUGGUAAGCAUGAGAAUGUUCUGGACUCAGAGGUACUACAAUUUAUUACUCCACCAUUGCUUCCUUUCUACACAACUAAUUGAGGCUUAAACUUUACUGUUAAUGAUACUGGUUCAUUUUUAUGUGCUUGUUGGUAUAUUGCUAUUUUUCAUUACAUGGCUUUCAAAAAUCACAUUUUUCAAUUGUAUACUUGUCUAGUUUAAAGCUGUUUUAAAAUAUGUACAAUAUUAUUCACAGCAUUUAGUUCACUUAAUUUUUAUUAUAAAGCAAUUUACUAAAAAAGUACAACUGUAUUUGAGCUUUUCAAUAGUUGAUUGUGAGCUAUGAUAAUCAGAAGUCAUUAAGUCUUCUUUGUUAAUAAACAUUUGUGCUUGCUUUUCAGCAUAAUUCCCAGUUAUACACAGAGAAAGAUUUCCAACUGUCCUGUAUCUGCCUCUUUCCACUGAGCAAUGGUGAUGUAGUUCUUAGACCUAAGGUCUGUAAUUGCAAUACUUUUAAAGAAAGAUGUUGCUCUAAGUGCUGUUAGUUACGAAUUCAGAUUUUUCUGCUUGUUCUUAAUGCUGUGGUCAAACCAUAGCACAGAAUCAUUAAAAAUAAUCA